UUUAUGUUUAGUUUAUUAAAAGAUCUGUUAAGACGUUUUUGUUUUUGGUUUACUGUUAAUUAAAUUAGAAUAAAAGAUUGUAUUAACUUAUUAUUCAAAUGAAAACCUACAUUCUAUAUGUAUAAUACUAUUGAAAUGAAAUCUUUCUAAUAUUACCAUUUUUCAAUCAAUAAAAUCAAAUGAGAAAUACUGAGAAAUCAGAAAAUUUAUGGUGUUUUUCAUUUAUUCAUUAUUUAAUGAAUAAAUAUUUCAAUUAUAAAACUAUGCAAUCACAUGAGCAAUAUAUUACUUUAAAGCAUAAUAAUAGUAGUGAUUUACAAUAUAGAAGACAAUCAUUCAAUGAAAAUGUAGAAAAAUCAAAAAAUGUAUUAAAAAAAUCAACUACAAUGUUACUAACCAAUAAUACUACUACUACUAAUAAUAAUCAUCAAAUGAAUAUCAAUACAACCUUUCAUUGUAAUGCGUUAGCAACAAAUAAUAGUUCACAAACAUAUAAAUCAAUUAAAAAUCAAUGUAAUUCCACACCUAUAUGGAAAUGUCCACAUUGUUUUACUGAAAUUCAAUUAAUCAAUAUACAAACAACACCAGAUAUUAUUAUUCAAUCAAAUCGAUUAUAUCAUAAAAAAAUUCGUACAAAUCCAUGGAUAAAUAAUUCUAAAUAUAAUAUACCUAUUACAUCUUAUUCAUAUUCUAGUUCAUUAACCGAUAGUGGUAUUUAUUUAUGUACAGAUAAUAAUAAUAAUAAGAAUAAUAAUAAUUCACAUUAUGAUUAUAUCACUCGAUCAACUACUGAAACGGAUAUAAAUAAAAAUAAUUAUUUUAAUAUAAAAAAAAAUGAUAUUCCUAUUAUACCUAUAUCACCAGAUCCUCCACCAUCACCAGCUCCAAAAUGUACACAAUGUAUUAUUAAUCCAGAAUGUUUAAAGCAUACUAAUGAAAAUCAAGACUUAUUCAUGAAUUCUAAUAAAUCAUAUAAAGGAUUUUGUAAAUCAGCAACAUUAGAUUUAUCUAAUUUCAUGAAUGAUACUAAUAAAUCAAUAAAUAAACCAAAAAGGAAAUUAUUAACUAAAAAAGUAAGAAAUCAAAUGAGAAGAUCAUGGUUACAAACUAAUACAGGAUCAACAUUACUUCCAUAUUUAUCACCAUCUAUACAUUUGAAUUCAUCUUCAUCUUCAUCAUCAUCAUCAUCUUCUUCUUCAUCAUCAUCAUCAUCAUCAUUGUGUAAAUCUGUAUCAUCUGAACAUAAAAUUAUUCAUUCAGCAGAUGAAAAAAGUUCUUCUUAUAAAAAUAAUGAAACUAUAAGUAUAAAUGAUAAACAGAAUUUAUUAAAUCAACAAUCAGAUAUAUAUGAUGAUAUUUACAAUACUACUUAUAUUUCGAAUUCACAAUCUAUUAUAGACAAUGAAUUGAAUCAAUCAAUGAUAAACUCUUUCAUUGAAAAUAUGUCACCAGAAUUGUUUAAAUCAAUGAAGUUAAACAAUGAUCUAAAUUUCUCAACCGUUUAUAAUCAUCAUAAUAAUGAUAAUAAUGGUGACAAAGAUGAAGACAAUUUCUGUGAUGAUAUUCAAUUGGAAAAUUUACGAACGAAUUUAAAAAUCCUUUCUGAAGCUAAAAAUGUAAUCAAUAUGCAAAUGAGAAAUUUAGGUCAAAAUUAUAUUAACUAUUUAAAGAGUAAAUAUUUAAUGAAUACAGUGAAAGAUCAAUAAGUUAUAGAGGGGGGGGGAAGAUUAUUGAGAGUUGGAAAUUGAUUAGAAAAUAGAAUUUUUGAAAAGAGAAUAGUGUAAAUUAAUGCAAUCAAGAGAGAAAGAGAGAGGGGGGGGUGGUAGUAGGUGGUUACCGGAGGAAAUUAUUUUAUAUCUAAUUUCCAUGGAAAUAAUGAAAAAUGAUUUAAUUGAUGAUUUAAUCAGUUAUGAUUUAUUGUACAUUGUCUAUACAUUAUAAUUUAUAAAUGUAGAAGAAGAAAUGUCAAGUAUGAAAUUAAUUUUAUUUCUAUACAUGAAAUAGAUUGAUCUUAUAAUUAAUGAAGAACAAAAGAUUUUUGUGUACACAAUGUAAAAGUGAUAAUAUGAAUUAUGUAUAAUGCUAACUAUGAAUAUAAAAAUCUAUUUACAUUCAA